AUGCAGCAAUUUAGGAGCAGCGAAUCGGGCAGCAAUAGAAAUUACUCAGAUUCGCACGCUCAGCCGCCAUCUCCUAACAAGCCUGCGCGUACUUCUUCUGGCGGUAAGACCAAAUCUCCAGCAGUAAUUCACAUGGAAUCUUCUGUAACGCGUUUACUCGUGGCUACAAAGCAACUCCUCGAAGCUCUCAAUCUUUGGGCUCAAGGGCGUAUGUCUGAAAACGGUGUUAGCGAUGUUUACGUGAAAUUGGGAAAUGAUUUCAAUGCAGCCGUUGCUGCUUUUGGCAGCGUCAAGAUUGAUAUGUCUGAUCUUAUCAACAUCCCCGAUCAGCUACGGCGUCAUUUAGAGAGCGCGUUGAGCGAGAAUGCUUCCCCCGCUGUUUUAGAUCGUUUUCUUCCUCCUAUUCGAACUAUCAUUAUCAAUCUUCUGCAAGGUUUGAAAGAUAAACAGGCUCAAUGGAGAAGACAUCUCGCUGAGGAGAAGCGAAAACAUGAGAAUUCAAGACUGUCACGCGCAUCCCAUGCUUCUUCUUCGAGGGACUCUGUACUCUCUGAGCUAGCUGCUCGUCGUCAAGCACAGAUGACAUCCCCUAGACCUUCUCCUAGAGGUGACGAGUUUAGUCCGUCUUCCUCAACGACGUCAUCCCGUAAUCUAGUCUCCCCGCCACCUCAGCCAAUGAUACCACCGCCACAGCCACAGUCUCAGCCACCUCCUCAGCACCCCUCUCACACCUAUCAACCAUCUCAGCCUGCUAAGAAAACUCAACCACCACCACAGAUUAUGAAACAGACACCCCCACCGGCACCAUCACCUGCACCUGCACCACCACCACCUACGAUCAACCUUCCAGAACCAGAGCAGACGUCUCCUAUUGCAAAGGACUCACCUCAGAUUAACAACCCCCUCGCGGAGCUCAAGAGACAGGAUCCGCUCGAACGCCGAGCCAGCAAGCGAUUUUCGUCAUAUACGAUGGGGAAGAUGACCUCCUCAGCUUCAGUAUCAGGAGGCAUGUCGUCACUUGCGACACCUAUACCAACUAACCCACAAAGCGGCACUGAGCGCAAAUCAAGCAGACGACUUUCAAGUAUCAGAGGGAGUGGUGUGCCAUUUAUACCCGACAACGCACCUCCUCUUCCACCGAUACCCGACUCGGCAAAGCGUCAAGUGAGUAGAGAUAGUGAUUCACAGUCAUCUUUAGUCGAAUCGCACUACCAGCCUUCACGUGUAUCUGAAAAAGAUGAAGGGGAUGACAAUGGCAGUUUAGAUGAAUCGCCAAUUAGCGUCUAUCUCACUAUUGGACACCAGACAAAGAAGACAAUAAUUGAGGAUAAGUCGACACUCACACUGGCUGGUUUGAGAAUGAUGUUUAUCGAUAGAUUUGCUUAUUCUUCAGGAUUAGAGGACUUUCCGUUGAUCUAUCUGCGCGAUCCAAAAGCUAACGUAGAUUACGAGCUGGAGAAUGUCGCUGAUGUGAUUGAGAGCAGUGUCUUGAGUCUCAACAUUGAACCACUCGAUCAGGUCAAACAGCAUUUUGAUUUGUCAAUCACGACCGUAUCGCAGGAGCUGAAGGAUUUGAAGAAUGCACUGUCUGCGAACACGCGUCGUUUCUCAUCGCUAACAGCUCCUCCACCACCUGUUGGUGCUAAUGAUAAUGCUAUCGCUAAUACUAAUGCGAGUACUAACGGUGUCGGGUUGGGCUUGCCAACUAUGCCUUCUUCGAAUCAGCGUCCAUCCGACAAGCAAUUCAAAGCAGUUGCUGAAGCUUUACAGCCACAAAGUGCGGACGAAAAGUCAGCACAACAGCUACGCGUCGAAACUCCAUCUACAGAGGUGAUGAAAAAGAUUCGAGAUCUUCAGGUGCAAUUCGAUAAUGUACAGGCAGUGCGAAGGGAUCUUGGAGUGACCAAGCAAAUCUAUGUUGACUUUAUGAAUGAAACAAAAGACCAGAUCAACGAACUUAGAGCAUCGACUAGCAAAGUCAGAGAGCUUGCCAAGACGGAAGUAGGAGGAGCGAGGGCAUACAUAGACGUCGGCAAAGCUUCACUGGAUGGACGUUCGCAGGAUGUUUUGACACGUAUGGAAGAGAUUCAGGAUACAGUGGAUGACCUCAAACAUGAUGUAAUUGCGAGACGUACAAAACCACGUCCAAAUAUUCUCAAGAAUCUUAAGAAUGACUUUGAGAAAAUUAGAGAUGAAUUGGAGGCGCUUGACCAACAGGUCGAGACUGUGAAACCAAUGUGGAAGAAAACGUGGGCGGAAGAGUUGCAGAAUAUAGUCGACGAGCAGGGAUUCCUGAAUCAUCAAGAAAAGCUGCUGGCGGACUUGAAAGACGAUCAUGCAGCGUCGUUGACUGUGUUUCAGCAAGUCGAACAAGUUGCCACUAUCCGCUCUGCACAACCUGCCAAGCGAGUAGUACCAGAGAUAGAGACGUCGAGUGACCCGACGCAGAGUCUCGAUACUGUGCUGCUUGAAAUAAGGAAUCGCCAGAACGAUCCUGAGAAACGUCUAAAGGCCAUCGAGGCAGCCGAGCGCCAACGCGAGAAGGAAAUCGAGGCUGCUAAACAGAGUGGACGAGAUGCUGAAUUUGCAAACGAGUUGGUCGAUUUCGUUGACAAGAAGAGCCUUAAGAGGACUGGAGGAUUUGGAGAGAUUGAGAGAGUGAGGAGGAAAAAGGAUGAUAUGACGUUGCACAACAUGUUCAAGCCUGAGGAGGAAGUGGAGUAUGAAGAGGGUUACGAAGGGUAUCUUGCGCACGACCAACAGCAGCAAGAGGAGCAGCGUUUUGAAGAGGCUUACGAGGACCACAAGAUUAAUAGCGCUGCAAGCACUCCUCAGCCUAAAUACAAAGACAAAGACAAGGAGUUACAAGAUACUUCAGACGACACUUCGACGAUCGACAAGAAUGACGAUGACGAUGAGGAGUCACUGAUUGCAUAUACACGCGACGAAAAUGAUCUGCGGUAG